UGGAGCGUUAGGUCAGCUGGGGCUGCCAGCUCAACACACCUGAGUUCUCCAGCCCUCCGAGUGUGGUGCUUGGUCUCUCGUGGGAUCAGUUUUCUGCAACAUUUCUGGAGGCCCCAGUGAGAUUCCAACCAUGCCGGCCCCUUGAACUGCCGGACCGGUGGCUCAGCCAGGUCAGGGUGAAGGUGCUCAGAGGCAAACGAGGAGGCGCGCCACCCAAAGGUAUUUUGGGUUCCCUCUCGGACCAGUAUUCUGACUGUCCAGAUGGCCAGGCCCCAACCAGACUCUUUGGAGGGACAGACUAGCUCACCAGGAACGGCCACAGGAUCAGCCCAAGGUGAAGCAUCGGGGGUCCCAGUUUACGGAGGCAGAGGCCUCCCCAGCAAGCACAGGUCUCUGCAGACGGGAAGCUGGGAAGAUGACGAGUGGCCUCCUGAACGCAUGGUCCAAUAUCACGGGCCAGCCACGUGGGCAGAAGACGGGUCCUGGGGCUACCGAACUCCAAGUUACAUGCUUAGCAGAAUCAUCCGGCUCCAGGCGGUGGUUGAAAUCAUUCCUAAUGAAACAGCCAAGGCUCUUAAUUUGUGGGCAGGACAACAGACCAAGAUGCGGAAUGCUAUUUUUCAGAAUCGCCUAGCCCUAGAUUACUCGCUGGCUGCAGAGGGGGGCGUCUGUGGGAAGUUCAGUGUCAGUAAUUGUUGCCUGCAGAUAGAUGAUAAGGGCAAGGUUAUAGAAGAAAUAACCGACAAGAUGACCAAAAUAGCUCACGUCCCAGUCCAGACUUGGAAGGGAUGGCAUCCCGGAGAGCUCUUUGGGGGGUGGUUCUCUUACCUGGGGGGAUUCAAAACUCUCGUGGGGACCGUCCUCCUCCUCCUUGGGACCUGCCUCCUCUUACCUUGCCUCCUGCCCUUAUUCAUGAGGGUAGCUUCCAGCCUGGCUGAGGCCACCGUGGACAGGAGGGCCACUGCACACCUCCUAGCCCCUGGGCCUGGAUGACCAAGAAGUUGACACCUUAUGAAAUUUCCAAGGGCGUCAAGGGGGGGAACGAUGAGGGAACUUUUAAGUUUAUAACUUUGUGCUAGCUCUGUUUCUGUAAGAUCUGCUUGCUGUGCCGCAAUAAGAACAAGAUGACCUAGCAAUCAACUGUCACCUUAAGUUGUGCUGAUAAGUAUGGAACGUCCUGCUCCUGCUCCUGCAAGUUUCUGUUUGAAACCCCCCCUCCCCCGCCUUGCAUGUAACCCAUAGCAACUCCCGUGCUCUGUAACUGCCCGUAACCUAUAGUAAUUGUGUAACCAAUCAGUUUUUGCCAAACUCAACUAGAGCCUUGCUUAAACCAACCAUUCAGUCUGUGCCAAUUAUAGCCACGUGCCUCAGCCUAUAUGAGGAAAAGAUUCCCCUGAAACGGGGCCCAGAACUUUGGAGCGUUAGCUCGGCUGGGGCCACCAGCUCAAUAAACCUGAG